GCCGAGGCACUCUCGCUGCCGGCCGCAGCUCCAGGCCCGUAUAAAUGGUGCAUCAUUGCAUGCAGAGCGACACUGCUAGUCGGGGAGCCGUCCAGCUAGGUAGCUAGGAUGAGGGGGCUGUUGGUUAUAGUGUGUGUGACCGGCCUGGUCUCGGCCGCCGCUGCCGAGGAGGCGUCGUCGAGGCUCGCCAAGGCCCCGAUCCCCGCGCAGGCCCGUGACGGCUCACACGGUCACGGCGGAGGUCACGGCGGGGGUCACGGAGGGGGUCAUGGCGGCGGAGGUCACGGCGACCACUCGGGAGGCAGCUCGUACGCCUCGAUCGGCAGCAGCAGCCACGGCAGCAGUCACGGCAGCAGCAGCCACGGCAGCAGCGGCGGCGGCUACGCGUCAGCUGUGUCGUCCUCGUACAGCGCUCCGGUGAGCUCGUCCUACAGCGCGCCGAGCACCACCUACGGCGGCGGCUCGACCGGCAACCUCUACUACUACUACUACCCGGUGCAGGAGAAGCCACACCGCUACCCUGUCCACCACGUGAGCAGCGGCGGCGGCGGGCCGGGCCUGCUCGGCACCCUCGGAUCCAUCAUCCUGCCAAUUGUGGUGAUCGGCGGUAUCCUGCUGCUGAUCGCUGCCGUCGUCGGCAUGAUCUACACCAACACCAACAAGCGCAGCAACGAUGACUCGCCGGCGCUGGAGAAGCUCACCGAGUGGCGCAGUGAGCUGGAGCGCAUCUUCUACAUGUACAUCGACGUGCUGGAGUCGGAGGAGUGCAUCCCGCGCGCGCUCUGCGACCUCGGCACCCUGGGGCGCACCUACAACUUCCCCGGAAAGGAGACUCUGCUCAGUCUGGCGGAGACCUACGUGCCACUCUCGAUGCAGAGCAACGCACGAGUGCUGAAGAAGGCUGCCACCGGUGGCUACAGCAAGGGCCAGUGCGAGAAGCUAUUCAGGUGUGAGCCGCCUACCUCUCUGUCGUAGGCUAGUGACGGCGCAUCGGUCGGCGGGGGCCAGACCCGACCGUCCGGGCCGGCGCCUCCCGCCCGGGCAGGUGGCAGGUCGGACGACUGAGGUCGGAUCUCGGAGGAGGCAGGUCGUCCUCGCUGGGGAGAGCCACCAGCACCCGCUCCCUGUUAAUGUCACACCCAUCGUCUUCUCUCUGGCUCUGUUCUCACGGAUGGGCGAGUGUUCAUUCCGGUUGAGUGACCGGCUCUCUCUCUCUCUCUCUCUCGGUUACCAUACUUACCAGUCUGUCUGAAUGCGGAGUCUGUAACCCGCUACAGCCAGCUCGAACGACAGCUGUUCCGCCAGAGGUCUUGUUAUCUGUUUGUGCCAAUGGUGGACAGCGAGCGGGAAUUUAUAUCGACAGUGCUUCCUUGCGCUCACACUUUCCGAUGUUACACUCUGUCGUCAUGCGUGUCGGCCUUGACACGGAUUGUUACAUUGUUGACGGUUUGUUUUGUCCCAGUUGUUGGUUAGGCGUCUGGCAUAGUUUGUGCUCAUGCUUCAGAUGCAAACGCUUGCUUUGUUACGUGUUUUUUUGUUUGUUAUUUAUUACUGUUUGUUCUAUCCGUUUUGCUGUUUGUUGAUGUCCGCACGUCUAUAAUCGUUGUCCUUGUGUUGAUUGUAGCAUGUGAUGUGUUUUGUGUGCUCGUUUGUUGUUCCACAAGGCUCAGUUGUACCGUAAUUGAUAAUGCCACAUCUGCUCACCGGUUUGCACCCACAUAACCACGCAUAUUAAUUAGCUUCCGUAGUUUGUCGUAGCAUCCCGUCCCCAUAACCCCACUGGCACAUUUUUGCAUUGCCUAACUCGGCACAUAGCUCGAACCGUAGGUAUAGUUCCUGUUCCUUGUUGCGUUUGUUGUUAUAAUUAACCCAAUCAGCAAAAGUGUACAACAUGUCUCUUGUCAUGUGUUAACGGCACCCAGGAGCCGUCUGUUCUCGUCUAGCCGUGGCAUCGUUCUCACCGUUAGUGCUAUCUGUUGUCCCCGUUGUAUGUGUCCUGUGUCCUCACAGUCCGUGUCCUGUGUCCUCACAAACCGUAUUAAAUGUCCUCACGGUCCGUUGUAUUAUGUCCUCACAGUCUGUUGUAUUUUGUCCUCACAGUCUGUUGUAUUAUAUCCUCACAGUUUGUUGUAUUAUGUCCUCACAGUCCGUUGUGUUAUGUCCUCACAGUCCGUGACCAUGUCUCGUGUCCUCACAGUCCGUGUCCCGUGUCCUCACAGUUAUUGUCCAACGUCUCUGUGUACCUGAUAUUCUCAUUUGUCUUGUAUUUUUGUGUAAUGUCCCCAUGUCUUUGUUUUGUUGAGUCCGUUGUCUUCUUAUCGUUUGUUUAAGUCAUGUGCUCAAUCACUCUUCAUAAAUGCCAUUGACUGCCUACCUGUAUGUGUGUGCUGGAGGAUGAAGCGAUUUAAAUUAUUCAGUAUUUAUUUAAAUACAAUCGUGAUCGAAA